AUGGAGUUGGCUGUUCCCCCUGUACAUGUCCCAUCAACCCCUGUGGCCAUGGGUCCUAGAGAACCCUGGGUUUGGGUCACCCCCUGUUUUCAGACACAACGCCAGGGUCCGCUUGAAAGCCACACCAGACCGAGACCGCAGCACCAGGCCGAGACCACCACACCAGGCCAAGACCACCACACCAGGCCGAGGCCGUCGCACCAGGCCGAGACCGCCGCACCAGGCCGAGACCGCAGCACCAGGCCGAGACCGCAGCACCAGGCCGAGACCACCACACCAGGCCAAGACUGUCAUACCAGGCCGAUAUCGUGGCACCAGGCCGAGACCGCCGCACCAGGCCGAGACCAUCACACCAGGCCAAGACCGCUGCACCAGGCCGAGACCACCACACCAGGCCAAGACUGCUGCACCAGGCCGAGACCGCCACACCAGGCCAAGACUGCCGCACCAAGCCGAGACCGCCACACCAGGCCGAGACCGCCGCACCAGGCCGACACUGCCGCACCAGGCCGAGUCCGCCGCAUCAGGCCGAGACCACUAAACCAGGCCGAGACCUCCGCACCAGGCCGAGACCGCCGCACCAGGCCGAGACCGCCACACCAAGCCGAGACCGCCACACCAGGCCGAGACCGUCACACCAGGCUGAGACCAAUAAACCAGGCCGAGACCACCACGCCAGGCCGAGACCACCACGCCAGGCCGAGACCGUCACACCAGGCUGAGACCACCACACCAGGCCGAGACCAUCACACCAGGCCGAGACCAUCACACCAGGCCGAGACAGCCACACCGGGCCGAGACCAUCACACCAGGCCGAGACCGCCGCACCAGGUUGAGACCGCCGCACCAGGUUGA